AUGGUUGGAAUUUUAUUUUUGAAUACUGGCCUUGGUAAUCUAAUUUAUUUAAACACUAAAAAAAUAAGCAAAUAAUAAAAAUAAAAUUACGUCAUAUUAAAACAGAUGCAAAUAUAAAAUUUGAUAAAAAAUACACCUAAAAAUAUUUAAUAUUUUUACUAAACCUGUUAAAUUUUAUAAAUAAAAAAUUAUUUUAGAUAGUUUUUUUUUCUUUAAUUUAUGAGAAACAUUUUUUAAUAAGAAAAUACUCGUUUUAUUAAAUAAAUCUAAUGA